UGCAAUUACACUUCGUCGGCACAUUUAUUUUAAAAUUUUUCAUUCAGUUUUAUAGUAUUUGUUAAAAUGAGUAGUAGUCCAGCGGAUAAGACCUCAAAUAUGAUGAAAUUGUGCACUUUUGUGACUAUGUUCUACUUCUAUAAUCCACUGUAAAAUACGCGUUGAUUUAAUUUAAAUUUAGAAGUUUUAAAUUAGAAUAUUUAUAGAUUGUAAUUUAUGAUUUGUCCGGAAAUAAUUUUUUACUCAGUGUUUGCUAAAAACGAACUGAACUCAAGAAUAUUCAGUGACUUCUAUGAUUUAUUUACUUUACAACGGUGUCAUCGUGUUCCAAUCGCUACGGAGUCAAAUAAUCGUUCUAUUUUGCACGCUCUUUGCUGGUAUAAAUUAAUCCCAUUGAAUACCACUCACGCAUAUUUUGGCAGCCAAAACAUGUACUGGUAUAUAAAAUCGGCAGAUAUGUUUUGUCAAAUUUUGCUGGUUGCGUUCUGUGUUUUUAUUACACUGUUUUCAGAAGGUAUAGCAUCAAUAUAUCAAGAUCAAGAUGUGGCGGCGGGAAAGUGUGAAAGUAGAACUUGUCAAUCACCAAAAGACCCAGGUCCAUGCAAAGCGUAUAUGCCUCGCUAUUACUUCAAUGGAUUGGACCAAACUUGCAAAAAAUUUAUAUACGGUGGAUGUCUUGGAAAUUCAAACAGAUUCGGGUCUUUAAUGGAAUGUUAUAUCUAUUGUCAACCAGCGAAAUGUUUCCAACCUAAACCAUCCAGGCCAUGCUCAUACAUUAGAAACAGAUGGUACUAUGACGCAAAAGAGUGCAAAUGCAAACGAGCUUGGUGGUGGACCGAAUGCGUUCCAAGUGAAAAUAAUUUCCUAACAGAAUCUGACUGUUUGAAUCAAUGCUACUAUCCUCUUAAACGCCAAGAAUCUGAUGACAACAAAGAUAUCGGCAUCGGCACAUUUUUGAAUGUUGGAUUUUUUUAGCUUGAAGUUUAUUCUUUAACAAAAGAUCUUGUUAAUAAAGUAAUUAAAUGUA